AUGAUCAGAAUCUACUCAUCCGACACAUGGCCAUCGCGGAUUUUCUGGUGCCUUGUCGUGGUCACUUGUUUGGUUCUCUUUUUAUUACAUUCCGGUAUGAUGCUCGAAUUCUACCACUCAAAGCCAACUUUCCGGCAAUACACAGAUGAGCCCCUGCAGCUAGAAGAUUUACCCUUUAUCACAAUAUGCAAAGAGAAUGGGUACACUGCAAUGAAAAAUAUUAGCCUAAAAGAAGAGGAGUUCGAUGUGGCGUUUCGCGUGAUGCGACAAGAAUUUUUGACCGUUGACGAAUAUGAGAUUUUGCGGCGACUCGAAAAUGAGAGGAGAGUCACUGCGGAGGAGUUGUACACGAGUUUGAGUCUGACGUGUAAAGAACUUCUCAAAACGUUGAAAGUGAGCGGAAAGGGGUAUGAUGCUUGUGAAUUUGCGAGCGAAGAUCUCACUGAGUAUGGAGUCUGUUGGACUGUGGGGAAAUGGCCGGCGAGAAGGGCGAAUGAUCGAGUCGAGAUCGUCAUCAAGAACACAAAGCCAGCUUCAAACAUCAUUGUGCAUGUUCACAGUCGUUUGGUGCAACCAAGCGUGAUGGCUAAAGGACUUUACAUACCGAAAGAUCGAAUCGCACACAUGAUCGUUCAACCAAAUAUGGUCGACUCUUUGGAAAUCGGUUCCUGGGGCACUUGCAGCAAAGAGUGGAGUUCGAAGAUUCAUUUGGGG